AUGAAUGAAACGAUCGAGUCUUCGAGCUGCGUCGAUGCCAGAGCGACAAAGAUCGGACAGACAAUUGCUUUGAGUCUGAUCCUUCCUGUUUCGUUGGUCGGAAAUUCCCUCAUUGUAUUGAUCGUUUAUAAAACGCCAACCCUACGAAAACCGAUAAAUUAUUUCAUUGCAAACAUGGCCAUAUCCGAUUUGCUGUAUCCAAUAUUCUGGCAACCUUGGUUUCUGUCAAGUUUGCACGCUAAGUCAUGGCUUAUCGGUGGUCAGCUUGGUCAGGCCUUGUGUAAGUUUGUCUCUUUCUCUGGCAGUGUGUCCACUGUUGUUUCGACUCAGAAUCUGAUUCUGAUAGCGGUGGAUCGAUUUGGAGCCGUGGUGUUUCCACUCCGUUCCCCACUCAUCAGAUCCAAGUUAACUCCCUUCUUCAUUCUUGCCACCUGGAUAGUUGCAAUGGCUGUCAAUUCACCUGACUUGUUUACCUAUGAACUUCUUCAGAUAAACUCCGGGGAAAUCUAUUGUAUUGAGAGAUGGGAAAAAGCAUUUGGAGAGUCGUCGUCGUCUACUGACUUUAUAGUAGCGUCCUAUAUAGUGUUUAUAUACCUCCCUGUGAUGUUGUUAGCCAUUCUUUACUCCAUCAUCUUUAUCAAGCUCAAGACACAGGUACACCCAGGUGAACAGUCCGCCAACACUCAGCAACAACGGGACAGAAGAAACAGAAACGUGCUUCAAAUGUGCAUUGCUAUUGUUGUAGUGUUUGUGAUUUGCUGGUUACCUUAUACAACUGUCUUUUUAAUGGGAAGAUAUAGUGCCAGUUCGACGCAUUUUUCUUGUGGUAUUUUGAUAUUCCAGGAAGUCAGUUAUGUCAUGGUUAACGCGUACUGUGCUAUUCAUCCGCUUAUCUGUUUUCUUUUUAGU